CACAAUACUCUAUCAUCAUUAUAACUUCAAUUGCAUUCGCUAUGUAUCAUCAUCAUCAUCAUCAGCAGCUUUACGUUCCAUCUGCAACACCAAAUCAUCAUCAUCCUCCUCCAAUGCCCCAUCAUACCAAUCUUCUUGAAGUCACUGUGGUUGGCUGCCAUAAACUGAAAGACACAGAAUGGAUUGCAAGACAAGAUCCUUAUGUCUGUGUUGAAUACGGCAGUAGCAGAAACCGCACCCGUGUUUGUACCGAUGGAGGCAAAAACCCAACAUUCCAAGAGAAAUUUGUAUACACCAUGAUUGAAGGAUUAAAAGAGUUGAACAUUAUGGUUUGGAACAGUAAUACCCUCUCACGUGACGACUUCAUCGGCAGUGGAAAGGUGCACUUAGCUAAGGUUCUUACUCAAGGAUACGACGAUAGCUCUUGGCCGUUGCAGACUAAGCAUGGAAGGCAUGGUGGCGAGGUACGAUUGAUAAUGCAUUAUUCGGGUGCCAAUGCAAAUAGUUAUGUUACACCUCAAGUCAUGUCUAUGUACUCUGCACCGCCACCAUCUUCCUCCAUGUUAUAUCCACCAGCCACCGGUGGACCUUAUUCUAUGCCAUCCGCAUAUCCACCUCAGCCAGCCCCUUAUCCCCCUCAGCCGUACGCUCCUGGUCAUUCGGUUUAUCCUCCUCAGCCAUAUGGUUCCCACUUUUCUCAUGGUUCUCCAUACCCAGGAGGGUAUACUCUAUAUAGAGACACAAUUCCAACUAAAGAUGAUUAGAAGACCAAUUUGAUAAUGGUGACUUAUGGUGUUUAGGAUUAAUAUUCUUGGCAUUUGAUUAUAGCAUUUUUACAUUAUAUACACGUGUAUAUAAGAAACAUUGUUUUAUUUAUUGGUUUUUUAACAUUUUAUUGUAGUUAUAUUUAAUGAGAAUAAAAGUUCAGUUUUUUUCGUCUUA